CGAUCCAGGGGCUCGACGUACGACGACACCAGUACGAGUUGGAGUUUGAAUUCCAAUUUCGAGUCCUAGCCUUGAGCUGUCAAAACCUGCCCCUUUAAACCUUUCCAGUCCCUUCUUUUCUUCAACUGCAAAAAAACACUCUUUGGCGGUAACUGUUCAUCAGCAUAUUUAAUUCUUUAUCAGACUCUUCACCGCUAUUCUUGGCUGUUUAACUCUGUCUCAGCCCUCCCGGUCGUCUUCGCAAAUCAGGUCCGCCACACAUAACCUUGGCUUGAGAUCCAAUUCAUCUACCGUUGUCGAUAAGAGAAAACCUGUCACGCUUGUUCUUGGAUUACCUUUCUCUUCCCGCCCACGUGCCGCGCCGCCCGCGUCUGUUAGGAUAAUACCGCCUUGGAAGAGAGCCGAGGGUCAAUCAUCCAUUUUGCAGGCCUCUUGGCGGAUCUACCUUACCCUGUCCUGCUGCAAGUCACUAUUGCGCGUGCCCGCCGUCGCUGCAGGUCCGAUUGUUUAGGCGUUUUUACCGACGUCUUUAUUUUUUUCUACCUUCCCCUUCGUUCCCUUUUUAAAAGAGUCCCCCAUUUUUGCCCCUCCUCCUCCGGCCCCUCUCUUCCACCAUGUCUACAAGCGAGACACUUCCGCUUUACAAUCCAACGGCCACCGACCCUGACGGUACGAAUAUGGCUCCUAAUACGAGUAAGUCUGAGAAGGAAAGGAAACUCUUUGAACGCCUGAGUUCCAUGGGGUAUUACAAAAAAGACCGUUGACCACUAACGUUGCGGCCCUUCAGAAAAGAAUGUUGCCGAGUGCAUCUCUGAUGACGCACUGGUGCACUUCAAGUCAUACAAGUACUCAAGCGUCGACCUGUCGCCAGUCUCGAAAUACGUUCUUGGUCCUUUCGUAUGUAUUGCCUAUGCCUUCAGCUCUCUUUUGCGCAUUUUUUUAAACUCUGUUUUACUUUUUUGUCUUGACAAUUACCGUCUCGUCGAGCUCGACACCACUUGCCUGCCAAGUUAUUUUCUGGGAGCUCGUGAUAGCUAACGCGUCUUUGUUGUCAUGUAGUGGAAUGCCUCUGUCAACCUCCUACCACUAUGGAUUGCUCCCAACAUGGUGACCCUCUUGGGUUUCUGCUUCAUCCUGAUAAAUGUUGCUUUCUGUGCAAUCUGGAUGCCUGAUCUCGUUGGCCCGGCUCCUUCAUGGCUUUACUUCAGCUUUGCCUUUGGCCUCUUCAUGUACCAAACGAUGGAUAACCUCGACGGAAAGCAAGCUCGACGAACUGGAACCUCAAGCGGCCUCGGCGAACUCUUCGAUCACGGUAUCGACUCCUUGAACUGCACACUCGCCAGUCUGCUCGAAACUGCCGCUAUGGGUCUUGGUACCUCUCCAGCUGGCAUCAUCACCGCUCUAUGCCCAUGCCUGCCCAUGUUUUUCUCGACCUGGGAAACAUACCACACGCAUACUCUCUUCCUCGGCGUUAUCAACGGUCCUACAGAAGGCAUCCUUAUUGCCUGUACAAUUAUGAUCAUGUCUGGCAUUUGGGGACCCGGCAUCUGGACCAUUCCUCUGGCUAAUGGCAUCAAGGAUACUCUACCUGGUCUUGCUGAGCUCCUUGGCGAGACGACUUUCCGAGAUAUCUGGAUUGGCCUGAUCAUUGGCUCCCUCGUCUUUACACAGAUCCCCUUCUGUGUGCUCAACGUUGCCAAGGCUCGCAAGUCUAGGGGAGAGCCCAUUCUUCCUGUCUUCCUUGAGUGGAUUCCUAUGGCCGUCUUCACUGUUUCCAUCGCCGCCUGGGUCUUCUCUCCUUACAGUACCAUCAUGAAGGAGAACCACCUCAUGCUUUUCUGCUUCAUCAUGUCAUUCGUCUUUGGCCGCUUGACCACUAAGAUUAUUCUCGCCCAUUUGACUCGCCAACCUUUCCCCUGGUGGACCGUUAUGCUAUACCCUCUUGUUGGUGGUGCGUUCCUCGGAAACAUGCCUCGAUUUGGACUCCCUCAGGUCAGCGCCCAAUUCGAACUCUUCUACUUGUGGGCCUAUCUUCUCUUUUCCAUGGUUGUCUAUUUCCGCUGGGCGUGGCUCGUUGUUACCAGCAUCUGCAACUACCUCGGCAUCAAUGCCCUCACCAUUCCCAAGGAGAAGCAGAUCGCCAACAAGGCGGCACAGGCUGCCAACAAGCUGCACUAAGCCGGAACUAGCCGUUCUGGCCGAGCGAUUUUGUUCUGUCAAGCUCUGAUAGAUUGAAAUGACAUAAACAAUAAUCCACCCAGAGAGGCGCAGGAUUUUGGAGAGAGAUCAUGGUACAAAAAAUACUGGUGUCGCAAUACAGAGCGAAGAAUCAAAGCAUGACGAGGGCGUUUGGUGUUUACUUGCGGGUUUCUCGCAUUCUUCAUGACGCUAGGAUACUAAGGGGUCUUGUAUCACGUCAACAACCAUUGGGGUAUAUUCAUUGUAAUAGAUAUAAAAUGAGGAGUAUGUGUAGAUGAUGGUGUUAGAGACUGCCUUUGGAUAGGCCCCGGCUUUGACGCAUAGGGCGCAAGCCAAAUCAAUAAGAAGCUUCAACAUUUCAGAUACAUUAUUCAUCGCCGUCCAUACUAAUCUCAUGAUACCUUUACUGUUGUCUGAUCUGUGUUGCUUAUGAGGGGCUUCACAACAUUUUAGAAACGUGGGGUUAACGGGA